GUGUUGUGAUUUGUUUUUUGUUUUUUUUUUACCCAGAAGUUAAUUGUCAUUUAAGGCUCUCCAAUGUUUAGAUAUACUAAUAGUAGUCUAGAUGAUUGGAUCUAUUUAGAUAUAUUAUAGAUUCUAUAUAAUAUAAUAAUUAUUUACUAUUAUUAUUGGUGUAAGUAGUGUAAGAAGUGUGUAAAUCUGUAGACGAGUGUCGAGUGACACUGUACUUGAAGUGUAACUAAUCUAGUUUUGUCGGACCAUAAGUUUUAUGUAUUUGUGAGACGUUUACAAACAACAUUAUUCCAAUGGCUUGUGAUUGUGAAAUAAUGUGGACAGCAACUAUUCAUAAGAUAUUUAUAUAUUCUUUGUAAUCUGACUGUUCUCAGCCACAUCGAUAUUCAAUAGUUAGAAAACUAGUUUUAAAACGGCAGCAGUAUUAAUUAAGCAAUGAACAAUAAUAUGCCUGAACUUAGCCGUCGUGCAUCUUCAAGAGAUUGGGCAACCAGAAUACAAAUUCAUGGAGUUUUAUUAAAGAAACCUUUUGCUCAUCAGUCUAGUAAAUGGUCAAAAAGAUUUUUUCUGGUUAAAGAUGGAUUCCUCAUGUAUUACGAUGCAAAUGAGAAAAAGGAUUAUGAGCGUCGAGAAUUUUUUAACAUACAUCCCAAGGGCGUCAUGCCAUUAGGAGAAUGUCAUUUCAAAAUAUGCAGGGAACCUCAGCAGCCUUUCUGUAUACAGAUAGAAAGUCCAGAGAUCGGGGGGAGGCUAAUCUUGUCAGCGGAGAGUGAGUAUGAGAGAGACAGGUGGCUAGAAAUCUUGGAGAGAUCCAGGCGUGUGACAUGGAAGAAUACUCAACUGGGAGAUGAAAUGAUCAGGAGGUUAGAAGACCAAGGUCUACAAAUGGCAAUAGAAAAACAGAACUACAUUGAUCGCCUUCAGUCAGAAGUCCUGGCUCUGACAGAAGAAAAAAUCAAAACAGAGGAAUUAGAAAAAGUUAAUCAGGAACUGGAAAAAGAAAAAGUCAAAUUGGAAUCUUUCACAAAAGAAAUAAAAGAAGAGUACGAACGAAUAAAACAAGAGCUCGAUGAAACAAACCAGUUGGCCAGAGAGUAUGAGAAAGACAGAGUUUUGUUAUCGCAGUCUUUAGACCAACAGAGGCAGCAGUUGGAGAACCUGAAUAAAGAUAAGCAAAGAAUCAUUGAAGAGUUAGAGCUGAGCAUGGCUGAGCAGUCCAAUCUAAGCAAAGAAAAACAAAGUUUAUCGCAGAGAUCAGAACUGCUUCAGAAACAACUUCAGGACAUUGAGAACCAAACGAAAAUGGUGGAGGAAGAGAAGGUCUCAGCUGAAAUGAUGUUAAAAGAUAACCAAGAGAGGCUUGACCAACUGGAAGAAGAGAAAGAAGCCAUAGCAGAGCAUGCUCAAGAAUUAGAAUCCACGAUCCAGGAUCUGGUGUCUCAGAAAGCCAUCACAGAAAAAGAAUUAAAAGAAGAAGUCAGAGCAAGAAUAGCUGCCGAGCAGAAGCUUAAAGAAGCCGAACAUUCACUUCAGUGUCUAGACAAAGCUGUAAUCUCCCAGUCGCAUAGGAUAGAAUCUGAAGCCAAGGAAGAGAUGACUAUUAAUGUCAAGAAACUGAAACAUUUUUUUGAGGACUUAGCUCAAGAAGCCAAAAUAUCAUCAGAAAAUCCAUUAAUACUCCGAAAUGGUCUGAUGGCUAGGAAAACAUUAGCUAGACGAGCCAAAACUGUGCGGUAUGAAAAUAGAAAGAGAUCUUCAAGUGUGAAUUCUGAUAGAGAUAACUACACUAUGUCAUGUGAUCUCAGUUCCCUGCGACCGAAAACCACCCUGAGAAGAGCAGUGACCUCCAUGGAUCGCGCGACUAAAGAACAGCUGACUGCUCUAGCACCCAUUACUGAAAACUCUUUCUGAAGAGAAAGUGUCCAUUUCCACUUUUGACUGACCGUACCUUUCUUACAGUGUUAUGUUAGUUCUAUGUAACAGCGACUUUUUCUGAAGAUAUUGAAGCGAGACUGGGAUUUUUGUUUGGAACUGUUUUGUCACUAACAAUGAAUUCUACUUUCAUGAGUUGAUACAGCGAUAUACUCGAGGGAGCAGUAGCAAAAUGACGGCAUAAUAGAAGAGGCGGGACAAAGUACUCUCCCUUGAUUCCCCACUAAUUCUCCUUUGAAUGAGAUCAAUGAAGGUUGAAGUUGUUUUAUUGUAUUUCCAUUCAUCUGUCUUUGUGAACAUGCCAGAUUUGAGAUAAAUUCAUUAAUUCCAUAAAAACUGUUUAAGAAUUGACAUCCCUUAUAUAUUUAUAAAGAUAUUUUGUUGAGAUAAUACAACCAGACAGUGCUUUGUUUGUAAAGAAAAAAUAGGUGCUGGUACUCAGUGAUGGAUUACCUAACUUUGAACUACUAAUAAAUUAAUAAUAAACGUCAAAAUACAAGAUAAGUAAUAAUUUUUUCCCCACGUUGAAAAAAGGGUGCCGGUACGCCGUACCGAUGCGUACCGUCACAAAAAAAAAGCACUGCUACCAGAUUAAAUGAGGUCAAAUGCACAAAUGUUGACCUUUUUUUUUAGCUGUAGUUCUGAUUAUUAAAAGAUAUUAUUGGAUGGCUGCUGGUCACGUGGUAUUUGCUUUGGACUGAUGGUCCUGGGUUCAAACCCUGCCUGCUCGUCCUGUGGGAGGUUUGGGCUAGGAUGUAAUAAUCUUCAGAUCUGAUGAAACAUUCAAAACAUGUAAAGCAAACACGAACCAUGUGCUUCUAAUCUUUUGGUUUGCGUCAAAAUUACAUUCUCAUCAUUCAAAUACACUGGGCCACACCAGACAAAGUUGACUUCCUGUUUUCAUUUCAUGCCUCGGAACAAAAUGGGUAAUGUUCCAAUACGUUGCCAAAUUUGCCUUAUAAAUUACCAUUUAGGCUGUAAGUUAUUCCCCCCUUCUGGUCGUUGAAUUUGUUGAACAUUUAUUUUGUAGUCCUCAUUUUGUAAAGUGUAAAUUCAUUUUAAUUUCAAAUGUUUACAUUAUAGCAGGGGACCACAGUAUAAUAAAGCAAUUUUUGAUCGUUAAUUAUUCAGCAUACUUUUUUAAAUAUUGGGCAUAAACAUUGUUUCAUUGUAUGCAAAAGUUUCAUUGCUUAGCACUCGCUGCAGUGGACUCCAGAGGUCAGUUACAAUUAGGUUGUAUUCCAUGCUUUUUAAAUAAUUGUUCAAUAACAUGUACUUCUCAAUUUGGUUGUUUGACCAAGUAGACUCAAUGUUGUCUAGAGCUCAUACUACAGCAUUUGUUGUUUUUUUUUAAAGAUAGUUCCACAUUAUAUUUUGAUAACAGUUUUUGAUUUAUGAUUGACUAGGCAUCCAUCUUUCUUUUUUUUUUAAACAGUUUCUCUUUUAUUCAUUAACACGGUUUAUUAUAAUGAAGAAAUGAAAUCGGCUUUCUCUUUCUUUAGUCAAUGAAAGAAAAAUCAUUAAUAUCAGUUUAACAAAAAUGCAGAUUACAAUAUGGCAGACUUUUUAUCUGUUGCAAUCUUCGAUUUUCAUUUUUUUUUCCAGCAAGUCCUAAAUUUUUAAACUUUUUCAUUAGUCAAUACAUCUUUUAUCCAAACACAACCCAUUCUAUCCAUAGCAAUGUCAUUGAACAGAAGUUAUGUUUCAUAACAAUUUCAUUGUGUAGAAGUUAUGUUAUUUUUUUAAAUUUUAUUUAAGUGAAAUUGAAUUAACAAAUAUUCAUAUAUCAAUAUGCAACAAAAAGAAGCUUGUAUCGAAUUUACCAUAUAUUCAGUGUCAACUUUAAGUGGUAAGGAGUUUGAGCACUUGGUUGCUGAUUUGAAUGUUACAGGUUCAAAUCCUGAUAAUUGCACCAAGGUUUUUCACUCUAGAUUGUAGGAAUUAACUUGAAUGAAAGUUUUUGAGAUGACACAGCUUCAAACAGGUAUCUUCCACAGCUGGUGACAGUUAAAAUGUAUAGUCAUUGUAAAAUGUAUAGUCAUUGUGCUGACCAAACAGAAUCCUCAUUAAUUUGUUACCACUGAAAUGUUUUCCAAGUUAAACUUUUUAAAAAUCUCUUUUUUUUUUUUUUUUGUUAACUAUUCAUACUAUUAGUCGUACUGUAACAGGCAUCCAGUUGAACUGAUGGUGUAAGAAAGCAUAUCCCAUGACUUAUUUCAAGUUAAACUUUGGCUUUUAUUUUGUUUCUGUAUACAGUGUUAGGGGAUGUCACAGACUUCCCUUGUUGUUUUUUUUAAAGCCUGUUCAGAAAAAUUACUUUGAACCAGAUUUGUUAAAAUUGUAUAUUAUGCUUAUUCAAGAUGGUUCCAGGUCUAGCCUCUAAAUCCAACCCUCCCUCCUUUUUUUUCCCCCCAAAAAAAAAAAGAGAUUGAACUUUGUACUUCAUUGAUGUAGAGACUUUGUGAAAGUCAUUUUCUUGCCUAGACGGAGGAGAUGUGUACAUAGAGGUUUCAGUUUUCCCACGUGCUUCUUUUAAUCUUUUGGGGACAGGCUCUUGAGAGCCACUUCCACUUUCCACUUAUUUGGUUUUUAAACUACAGACUCCCAAACCUUCACUGGCUGCCUGGUCGUGCGGCUUGGGCGCUGGACUGACGUUCGGAUUUAUCGACGGUCGAGGGUUCAAACCCUGCCCCCCCCCCCCCAUCCCCCGUCGUCCUGCGGGAGGUUUGGACUAGGAAGUAAACUAUCUUCAACUCUGAAGGAACAUCCGAAACAUGUAAAACAUUUUACAAAACAUUUUCACUUUCUAAAACGUUUGUUUUCAAUGACAGGAAAAUGUUGCCAAGAGAUCAGGGACAAAAAAAUCUGUUGCCUUCUAAUGUACAAAAUAAAAAUUGUUCUCAAUAUUCAAGACGUGUAGUGACGCUAGAACACCCCAUCAUGUUGUGAUUAUAUUUAUGUAUUUUGUUCAUGUGUUCUUUCAUCACCCCCACCCCCCUCAUUUGAUAUGUUCAUGUGCGGACAAUGUUUUAGUUUUACUUCAUACAAAUACAUGAAACGCUCAUUUGUUCACUUUAUUACAACAGAAUCAAGAAUUAUUCAAUGUUUACUUGGCAAUACAAAUAUAUUGAAGUUAUAUUUUAUUAUUCAUGGCAAAUACACACUUUUCCAUUUGUUUUUAGUUUGUAUGUAUUACAAAAAUUGCAAGCAAUAUAUAUGUGAUAGUUUUUGGGUACAUUUAUUCAAAUAGUUUAUCCUACAUCUCAAUGAUAUACAAAAAAAAUAAAUAAAAUUUGGAGUAAAUUUGAGUAGUUUACAAAAUAAGCUUGACAUUAAUUUAAAAUGUGAGUAAUCUCUGAUUUCGUCUCUCAGUGUAUUGCAUAAUAGAUAUACACAUAUUCACAUGUAAAAUUGGUUAUGAAUUGGUUAUCAAGGUAUAUGAACAUGUAAAGUAAUUUUUGUAUUUCAUAUGAUAAGAUAUAAAGAUGUCAACUGAUUUCUUGAAAUAUAGGAACUAGUACAGAUACCUCUGUCUACAAAAUGUUCUAUUAAAAUGAAAUACUUUUGAUAGAAAUCACUUCCACAGAUAUUACUUACCUUACAAUGUAGCCUUAAUAUCAAAUUGUUGAACUCAUGAUUGAAUGCCUCACAAGUUAUACUUAAAAACAAUAUCUUAAUGUAUGUGACUUCUGCAACCUUGACCAUGAUCAUAUUUUCUGUGGUACAUCAUUCAACAAAACAAAUCUUUUUUUUUCUUUUGAAAAUAGUUUUGCUUUGUAAUGUUCUACAUGUACCAUGAGUUUCAAGGUUAGGAUCAAAGUUUUAUCAAUCAGCAUUUGAAAAACAAAAUACAUGUUCAUUCAAGUUUCAACACUGAUUCAUCUUUGAAUGAGAAAUGUUAUUACUUAAUUUUGGGCAGCAAUGGUUUCUUUUAUAACAACAAAGAUGUUUGUGUUUUGACCUAUAGCAAUAUAAACAUUUCAGACUCUCUUCAAAUUGUAAAUCUCAUAGUGUCUUGAUAUGGAGAAACUCUUCUAUAAAUGAUGUACAGUUUGUUUUUUUUAAUCAUUUUUUUUUCCAAUGGAUCUGUAUUUUUAUAUUUAAACCUGAUUGCAAUAAAAUUAUGUGCACAAUCUUAA